ACACACACUCUACACGCAUAUACAUGCACAUAUACAUACCCACACAUAUACGCACCGUACACCUCUAACUUCGCAUCGCCCACUCCCCCCUUUCCCCCCUUUCAUCUGCACCGAUGAGUUUCUCCGUAGACACUCUCGGAAGCCCCUUCAGGAGGGUGAUGGAUACGAGGACGAGCUACAGCCGCAGCAGCGGGACCCCCAGCAGCGGCUUCCGCUCGCAGACGUGGUCCAGGGCCAGCCCGGGCUCCUCCGCAGUCUACAAACGGAGCAUUAACGUGUCCGUGCCCGUGCCGCGAGCCUACAGCUCGACGGUUCUGAGCACGGCCGACAGCGUGGAGCUGAGUCCGGUGGACGCAGACUACAAGCGCUCCAACGAGAAGGAGCAGCUGCAGGGUCUCAACGACCGCUUCGCCGUCUACAUCGACAAGGUGCACUUCCUGGAGCAGCAGAACCGGCAGAUCGAGGACGAGAUCCACGCGCUGCGGCAGAAGCAGGUGUCGCAGUCCCAGCUGGGCGAGCUGUACGAGCGCGAGCUGGGCGAGCUGCGCGCCACGCUCGAGCAGGCGCACCACGAGAAGGCGCAGGUGCAGCUGGACACGGAGCACUUGGAGGAGGACAUCCAGCGGCUCCGCGAGCGCCUGGACGACGAGGCGCGUGCGCGCGAGGAGGCUGAUGCGGCCGUGCGCGCGCUGAAGAGGGACACGGGAGACGCGUCGCUCGCGCGGCAGGAGCUGGAGAAGAAGGUGCGCUCGCUGCAGGACGAGAUCUCCUUCGUGCGCAGCAACCACGAGGAGGAGGUGAGCGAGCUGCUCGCGCAGGUGCAGGAGGCGUCGCACGUGGCCGUCGACAAGCGUGAGCACCAGCGCGCGGACCUGACCGAGGCCCUGCGCGAGAUCCGCGUGCAGCUGGAGGGACACUCCGCCCACAACCUGCAGCAGGUGGAGGACUGGUUCAUGGGCCGCUACGCCAAGCUGACCGAGGCCGCCGAGCAGAACAAGGACGCCAUCAGGAGCGCGCGCGACGAGAUCGCGGACUACCGGCGUCAGCUGCAGGCCAAGACCGUCGAGCUGGAGGCCGUGAGGGGCACCAAGGAGUCUCUGGAGAGGCAGCUGAGCGACGUGGAGGAGAGACACGGCGCAGACCUGGCCAGCCUUCAGGAAACCAUCCACCAGCUGGAUAACGAGCUGAAGAGUACGAAAUGGGAGAUGGCCCGACACCUACGCGAAUACCAGGACCUCCUGAAUGUCAAAAUGGCAUUAGAUAUAGAGAUUGCAGCAUACAGGAAACUACUUGAAGGAGAAGAGACCCAUUUCAGCACCUUCCCUUACCGUCAGACGGUCACCAAAGGCCCCAAGGUCAAAGCUGAGCCCCCCAAACUGAGGGUGCAACACAAGUUUGUGGAGGAGAUCAUCGAGGAGACCCGAGUGGAGGAUGAAAAAUCUGAGCUGGAUGAAGCCUUGGCAGAAGCGGCAGAGGAAAUGGCUGCGGAAAAGAAAGAAGAUGAAGGAGAGGAGGAAGGAGAAGGUGAAGGUGAAGAGGAGGCCAAAGAGAAAGAAGAAGAGGAAGGGGCAGAGGAAGGUGAGGGAGGAGAAGAAGAAGAGGAAGCUGUUGCUGCAACCCAAGCCAAAGUGAGCGCCAGUGCUCCAGCUGAGGAAAAGGAAGGAGGUGAUGAGGAAGAAGAAGAGGAAGGAAAGGGUGAGGAGAAAGGAGAGGAUGAGGGCGAGGAAGAGGAGGGAGAGAAAGAGGAAGAAGCAGAGGAAGGUGAGGAAGCACAAGGGGAGAAAGAAGAGGAAGUAGAGGAGAAGGUCUCAAGUGAUAAGGCGCCUGAAUCAAAGGCCUCACCAGAGAAGGAAAAGGCUGGAGAGGAGGCAAGUGUUGAAGAAGAAGAAGGAGGAGAGGAAGAGGCUGAGGAGAAAGAUGAAGCUGUGGCAGAAGACAAAGCAGAAGCAGAGAAAAAGGAUGAGGACAAAAAGGCUAAGGAUGAGGUUGAGAAAGAGGACAAGAAAGGAAAAGAUGACAAAGAAGAGGCCAAGGCCGAGAAAGAUAAAGAAACCGUGACCAAGGCGGAAUCUCCAAAGGCAGAAUCUCCAAAAGAAUCUCCAAAGGCUGAAUCUCCGAAGACUGAGAGCCCAAAGGAGACACCCAAAACUGAGGCUCCAAAGGUAGAGGAGACGAAGAAAGAUGCUCCAAAAGCUGAAUCUCCCAAGAGCGAAUCUCCAAAGAGUGAAAGCCCAAAAAAGGAAGCACCCAAGGCAGAGCCUCAGAAGAAGACAGACGCGCCAAAAGCCGAACCAGCUGAAAAGGCCAAAAAGGGCGAAUCAGAGGCCGAGUCCAAGGAAAAGAAGACCGAAAAGGAAGAAGCAGGAAAAGCUGACAAAGACAAAAAGGACGUGGAAAAGAAAGACGAUGACAAGAAAGAAGUGAUCUCAAAUGGAGUGGAUGAAAGCCCCACCAAAGAUGACACCAGCCAGAAAGUGGUCAUCACCAAAACAGUGGAGACCAUCACUACUGGUGAGGAUGGAGCUAAGCAUGUGACCAAGUCUGUAACCGUCACUGAGACGGUGAAGGAGGUGGAUGAGCUGGUCCAGGAGAAGCUGGUGUCCACCAAGAAAACGGAGAAGGUGUCCACCCAGUCAGUGAAGCAGGUCACAGAAACUGAGUAAAGAAGCACUUAACCAUCACUCAAGAGACGAGGAGCUGAAGAGGACACUUGCAAUCAAAUCAGAACUAACAUUACAAAGAAAACAUAAAGCUAGAUAAAGAUGUACUUAAUUACGUUAACCACUGUCAAGUUUAACAAACAAAAAAAAUUAAAGCAUAGAGAGAAGCCAUAAGAUGCGACAAGCUAAAAUUUAAAAUGCAUGUUGAGUGACAGCUUUAAAUUGGUUUUGCUGCAGAUGCGGUUUGGGCAUCAGAAGCUUAGAUCUUCUUCUUUCUGUCUGCAAUAGCUGGGGUGGGGGGGGCACCGGGGAUGCGGCGUCUGCAUGCCAGCUCAGGGGGGGAGCACGCUCCCCACUCUCUGGGGUAGAAAAACAAUCUGUAUGUAUGAAAGUAAUAUAGAUUUGCACAGCUACAGAAUGGAUGCUGAGAGAGUGAAACAAAAGUUCUUGACGUCAAAAUAAUGCUUAUUUUGAGGAGAAUAUGAGUAGGGCAGUAGAGCAAUCUGUGAAGAGAUGAGUUCCAACUAAGUAGCCUUACUGAUACAAAUGUGAGGCCACCAACUGAGCCAAACAAAACCAACAAUAAAAUACAGUUAAGAACAAGGAUGAAAACGGUACAGUAACCCCAUUAACCAUAUACAUACAGUACAUAAAGCAACUAAGAAACUCCUAGCCUUAAAUAUGCUUUUUACCGUCGUUAAUUAUGUUUACCUAAUGAGUGCAAAUGAAAAUAAGCCUGAUUGUGCGCACACAUACAUUCUUGUAUGCAUAGGAUGGACUUGAAUUUAACUACUUAACAUUAAUGAGGUGCUACUGUUUGCAGUCCCAUGUCUUUAUUCAUCAUGAUGAAUUUCAGCAUUUGCUCAAUAAACAUCAUAAUAAAAGA